AUGCUUACCGGUGCCCACGCACUCUCUGCGAUUGGAGCCGUGCAGGACACUGAAGCUACCGGAAUGACGACCACAGACUUAGACUUGAUCGCUGAGAGUCACAGUAGUGCCAAUGUAAAGCGGUUCCUGCGGAGUCAAAGCGACGUCGAAGAAAGGCUGCAGGGUAAUAACAUGUUCAAUCUUGAGAAAUUUAAGCGUGCAUCGGACGACGCCAACUACGCCAAAUCGCUGUUCCCGGAGCUCAAAAAGCUGGGUAUCCAUGGCGAAAUGAAAAGCUUGAGGAUGCUAUGGGAUUACCGCAAGUAUCUCAAACUUCAUCCUACCAAGAAUGAUCCGAAACUGUUUGACAAAGCAAAGAUCACAAAGGCGUCCACGGACGGAACGUACGCGAAUGUGUUGUUCGGUAGAUGGAAACGCUAUGGACUCGAAUGGGACGACGUCUACAAAACAUUCAAAGCCAUGGGCUUUGCGACGGACAAGCAGCUCUCCCAGGUUUACAAGGACUACCGCGCCUGGCUAAAAAUCCACCACCCAUCCAAGGACACAGAGCUAACCUCGGCCCAAGCAUUCCUCUUUGACGCCUCGAGGAUCGAUAGGGCCAAAUCGAACUCCGCACUCGCUCAAAGGCUGUUCGCCAAGUGGAAAGCUAGUGGACUCGACGAGGGUCCUGUGUACCAGAAAUUGUGGAUAAUGGGUCUCGAGAACGACAAUGCCGUGUACAAGCUCUACACGGAUUACGUCUUGUGGCUCGACAAAAACUUUCCGUUGCCGCUGAAAUCUACCACUUAG